AUGGCACCGAAACGUCGCAACAUCGAGCUGCCAGCAGCAUGUCUCAAGAACAUCCACAAGAAGGAGCUUCUCCUAACGGAUGAAGAAUUUAAGAUGGUCCGUGAUGAAAUCAAAAGGCUCUUUGGACACCAGUGGAAGUUGGUGAAACCCGAACGUGCCGAAACAUCCAGCCGCGGCAGACCUUCCAAGAGGACCAAGGCCAAGAACCCAAAGAGAGCAGAGAGCAAAAAGAAAGAAGCCAAGAAAAAAGACAAGAACACGGACAAGAAGAAAGGCGAUAAGAAGACCAAGAAGGACUCCAAGAUUACCAAGGCAAGCAAGCCGCCCAAACCAUCCCUGGCCGAUGCCUCUCCAUCCUUUGAGGAGUCACCGUCCCCGAAAUCUCCCAUUGAGUCUCCAUCUCCAAGUGAAGUCAGAGAGCUGGAGGAAUUGGUUGAGGAACUCACUGAGCAACAAAUUGGUCAGAUCUCAGAUGAGUUCGGGGUCGCGGCUGAUGAUGACGGUUCAGGAACCCUGGACGUGAACGCCAUGAGCGACCGCCGUCGCCAGAUUCUGCGUUUGCGCCUCACGGAGAUGACCAACGAGAACCGGCGCCGGGCUGGGCCGGCAGACGAGGAUGCCACGAUGGCGCAGGCUGCUCCAGUUUUGGAAGAUGAUGCCGAACUCGAAAAUUUCUUGGAGGAGUGUGAUCAGUGGAUGUAA